AAGAGCAUAGAAGAAGUAGUCGCAGUCAUGGUAGAAAAAAAAUUAUCACAAAACUUACCUUUGUUACGCCUAUUACAGUUUAAAAGUUUAACUAUACCUAAAAAUGAUAAUGAGAAUAAAGAUAAUAAUGAUAAUAUUAAUAUUAAAAAUAGUGAUAAUGAUCAUUAUAUUGCAAAUAGUGAAAAUGAAGAAAAAAAUCCUGAAACAUUUAGGAAAAUGACAAAUGCUUUUAUAAUAGAAAGACUAAAGAUAUUAAUAAUGGCAAAUCAGAUAUAUUCUGCUUUAAGUAUAUUAUUAAAUUUACCUUUUAUAAAUGAAUCAGCUGAAAUUGAAAAAUCUAAGAUUAUAAUGGAUGAAGAAAAAGUACAAACACAACUUUAA